AUGUCAUACUUUGCAAGCCCGGAAUUUCUGCGAGUCCUCCUUCUUGGCUUCAUCACCUCGCUGCACAUGACAUGGCGAAGGCUCGCCAAUCAGGUCGUUCCAGAACCCUAUCUCGACGAAUUCUUCCACAUCCCUCAAGCUCAAGCAUAUUGGCUUGGGAAGUGGUCACAAUGGGAUCCUAAAAUCACCACCCCUCCAGGACUCUACGUCUUUUCCUACGCCGUCAAUUCGGUCCGGGCAUUCUUCUCCAAAGAAGAAUUAAGACCGUCUGUCAACGAGUGGAGAUUUGCCAAUGUGCUAUUGCUGUAUCUAUUGCUUGUCGCGCUAUACAUUCUGGCGGCUGUUGGGAGGAGGAUUGUGCAUCACGAAAAUAUCCUUCAGCGGGAGUUCAGCAUCAUUUGCUUCCCAUUGAUUUUCUUCUUCUCUGGCAUAUAUUACACCGAUCUGUUCAGCGUUUUCACCGUGGUCCUCAGCGAGAUAUUUUGGACUGCAGGGACCAACUCCCAGGGACCUGUCAAGGUCCUCUUUCAAGCGUCACAUUUCUCGGCUGGGCUGGUGUCAUUGUCCGCCCGGCAGACGAAUAUCUUUUGGGUUGCGGUGUAUCUGGGUGGACUCCAGGUGAUUGAAAGUGUAAAGCAGAGAGUCGGUGCGCGCGAGGUCCAUGAUCCUCCUGUGUCUGAAUCAUACUUUGAAGAUUUCCCCAUUACAAGCAUUUCUCUCGCACAAUCUGCCGUCCCCAUGAUACCCCAACUCCUUUUCGACCUAUGGCCCCAGCUAUCGCUCCUGGCUUCGUUCGCCGCGUUUGUCGUCUGGAACAGUGGCGUGGUCCUCGGGGACAGAGACAACCACGUUCCAGCGAUCCAUCUCGCCCAAAUGCUCUAUAUUUGGCCAGCAAUCGUCUUCUUUUCGUGGCCUCUGCUGCUGCCACUUUUCUCCGACCUCCGCGGCCUUCGCCAACGACUACCCAGAUUAACCACGACAGUGACCUUCCUCGCACUCAUGCUCGCCAUAGUCAACUUCAACACUAUCAUACAUCCCUUCACCCUGGCUGAUAACCGACAUUAUACAUUCUAUGUCUUCGCCAUCCUGAGAAAACACUGGCUCAUCAGAUAUGCCGCCGUUCCAGUCUACUUUUUAUGCGCCUGGCUGGUUCUGGGAACCCUAGGAGGUGCCACGGAUGCUACGGUAUCGUCUUCAAAGUCCGUUCGUGUCGUUUACGGAGACGACACUGUGCGUGUGAGCUUUAUACUUGUCUGGCUCAUAGCGACCUCACUAUCGCUUAUAGCCGCCCCACUUGUGGAACCUCGAUACUUCCUGAUACCGUGGCUCACGUGGCGGCUGGCUGUUCCGGAAUAUAUAGCACCGUCAGAGGAGAAACGGAAGAGAACAGAGCUAGAGAGGAAAUCGUCUUCUUCUAACAACAGCUCCAUGGAUGGCCCCUCACCAUCGGCGAUUCAGUCGUUACUGAGAACGGCGGCAGCGCACUCUGCGUGGUUGGAGCUGGUGUGGUAUGUUCUCGUCGACGUGGUCACAUGCUACUUGUUCCUGUACCGUGGAUUUGAGUGGCCUCAGGAGCCGGGGAAUGUUCAGAGGUUUAUGUGGUAG